GGUCUCUUCCUUUUCCCACCCCCCAGGAAUUCUGUGAGUGCAUCCAGACCUUUGCUGAAACUCAAACCCAAAAUGUCUUAGUUCUCUUGAGCAGAUAAGCAACCCAAUCCAAAGGAGAAAUCUAUUCCUUUAAAAAAAAAAAAACAAAACUAUCAGGCUGCAUUUGGAUGUAUGACAUUGAAUGAGUGAUGACAGCUCCUGGGAAACCCCUCCUCCCCUUUCCAGGGUGCUGUGGAGCCAUGUGCUCUAUGUCCCUUUCCCUUGGGCCCCUGCUUUCCAGAUACUGCAGAGCUCAUGCCCACCAAGCCCCCUGAGUGCCAGCUUUGCGUGGGGACCCCCUGAGCCACCGUUCCUCCUUGUGGGUCAGAGUCAAACAACUGGCUCCUCUUCACUUCCUCCUCCCUGGGGAUCAGAUCUAGUGUCCUGCCCUCCCUGGCCAAUGACAGCCCACCAGCAGAGCUCAGCCCACUACUCAGAACCAGAACCCAGCAGUGGUGAAGAAGCCAGCGCUGUGUCUCCCUCGCAUCGGCCCCGUUUGACCUCUGAAGAUCUCUCCGGGUGGAGACAGUCUCCCCAUCCCUGUGAAGCCGCAGGGGGCUGCGAUGGGACGGGAGCCAUGAAUGGUGCCGCCGCCGCCCCGGUCCCCGACUGGCGGCAGUUCUGCGAGCUGCACGCGCAGGCGGCCGCCGUGGACUUCGCGCACAAGUUCUGCCGCUUCCUGCGGGACAACCCGGCCUACGACACGCCCGACGCCGGCGCCUCCUUCUCCCGCCACUUCGCCGCCAACUUCCUGGACGUGUUCGGCGAGGAGGUGCGCCGCGUGCUGGUGGCCGCCCCCGGGCCCGCCCCCGCCCCCGGCCCCGCCCGCAUGGAGCCCGCCGCGCUCAAGGCCGCCGCCUACGGCCACUCGCGGAGCUCGGAGGACGUGUCCACGCAGGCGGCGGCCAAGGCCCGCGUCCGCAAGGGCUUCUCGCUGCGCAACAUGAGCCUGUGCGUGGUGGACGGCGUGCGCGACAUGUGGCACCGGCGCGCCUCGCCCGAGCCCGACGCGGGCGCCGCCCCGAGGGCCCGAGCCCCCGCCGAGCCUCGCGACAAGUGGACGCGGCGCCUGCGGCUGUCGCGGACGCUGGCGGCCAAGGUGGAGCUGGUGGACAUCCAGCGCGAGGGCGCGCUGCGCUUCAUGGUGGCCGACGACGCGGCGGCGGGCGCGGGCGGCGCGGCCCAGUGGCAGAAGUGCCGCUUGCUCCUCCGCAGGGCCGUGGCCGGCGAGCGCUUCCGACUCGAGUUCUUCGUGCCGCCCAAGGCCUCGAGACCCAAAGUCAGCAUCCCUCUCUCGGCCAUCAUUGAGGUCCGCACCACUAUGCCCCUGGAAAUGCCAGAGAAAGACAACACGUUUGUGCUUAAGGUCGAGAAUGGAGCUGAGUAUAUCCUGGAGACCAUCGACUCACUGCAGAAGCACUCGUGGGUGGCUGACAUCCAGGGCUGUGUGGACCCCGGGGACAGUGAGGAAGACGCUGAGCUCUCCUGUGCCCGGGGAGGCUGUCUGGCCAGUCGAGUGGCCUCCUGCAGCUGUGAGCUCCUGACGGAUGGGGACCAGCCCCGGCCCCCAGAGACCAUGGCAGCCGUGGUGACAGCUCCACACAGCCGAGCUCGAGAUGGCAUUGGGGAGUCCCUGGUCCAUGUCCCGCUGGAGACCUUCCUGGAGACCCUGGAAUCCCCAGGUGGCAGCGGCAGAGACAGCAGUAACACAGGGGAAGAGGGAGCAGAGCCGGAGCCCGAGGCCGAGCCGGAGCUGGAGCUCUCCGACUACCCCUGGUUCCACGGGACCUUGUCACGGGUCAGGGCAGCUCAGCUGGUGCUAGCAGGCGGGCCCCGGAGCCACGGCCUCUUCGUGAUCCGUCAGAGUGAGACUCGGCCUGGGGAGUACGUGCUGACCUUCAACUUCCAGGGCAAGGCCAAGCACCUGCGCCUGUCCUUGAACGGCCACGGGCAGUGCCACGUCCAGCACCUGUGGUUCCAGUCUGUGCUGGACAUGCUGCGCCACUUCCACACCCACCCGAUCCCCCUGGAGUCCGGGGGCUCUGCAGAUAUCACCCUGCGCAGCUAUGUGCGUGCCCAGGGCCCCCCACCCGCCCCGGGGCCCUCGGCCGCGCCCGCGCCCGCGCCCCCCGCCUGCUGGAGCGAGCCGGCCGCCCAGCACUACUUCUCCAGCCUGGCCGCCGCCGCCUGCCCGCCCGCCUCGCCGUCGGAAGCGGCGGGCGCGUCGUCCUCGUCCGCCUCGUCGUCCUCGGCCGCGUCCGCGCCCGCGCCCGCAGCCCCGCGCCCCGCCGACGGCGCCCUGAGCGCGCGCAGCCGCAGCAACAGCGCCGAGCGCCUCCUGGAGGCGGGGCCCGGCGGCGCCGACGAGCCCCCCGAGGCGGCGGCGGCGGCGGCGGACGGGGCGCGGGGCCGCGCGCGCGCCGUGGAGAACCAGUACUCCUUCUACUAGCCCCGCGCCGCGGGCGGGAAAAGCAAAGCUCUUCAGUGAAGACAUAAUGUUAUUAAAGAGCCUGUUUUAGGGACUGCA